CGCUGAUUGGGCGGCACCGGUGUGUCGUUUUAGGUUCAUAGAAACAAACCCAACAACAGUUGGAUUAACACUAUAUUAACGCAACGCACUGUUACGAAGAAAGAAAAAGCUUCUCUGAAUGGCUUGUAGAACUCUGCGGACCUUACGUUUUGUUGAAGAAAGUGACGCUGAUGUGAGGAGUAGGUGUUGUUUAAAGGAACAAUUGUGGUUGUAAAAUGAAUUUUUCGGAGGUCUUUAAGCAAUCCAACUACCUUUGCAAAGUUUCACCUGAUGGAAAAUAUUUGGCGACAUGUGUACAAUACAGACUAGUUGUGAGAGAUGUUAGCUCUUUGCAAAUCCUGCAGCUCUACACCUGUCUGGAUCAAAUAUCACACAUGGAGUGGUCCUCUGACUCUCUAUUCAUCCUAUGUGCUAUGUACAAGAGGGGGCUGGUACAGGUGUGGUCUCUCGAGCAGCCAGACUGGCACUGUAAGAUUGAUGAAGGCUCAAUCGGACUAGUCUCCUCACGCUGGAGUCCAGACGGACGUCACAUUCUCAACACCACCGAGUUCCAUCUGAGAAUUACCGUCUGGUCUCUCUGCACGAAAGCCGUGUCUUACAUCAAGUAUCCCAAAGCAUGUCAGAAGGGAAUAGACUUCAGCAGAGAUGGAUGUUAUUUGGCCUUAGCUGAGCGUCGUGAUUGCAAGGACUAUGUUAGCAUAUUUGUGUGUGACGACUGGCAUUUACUCAGGCAUUUUGAGACUGAAACACAGGACCUUGCAGGACUGGAGUGGUCACCCAAUGGUUGUGUGCUAGCAGUGUGGGACAACUGUCUAGAGUAUAAGGUUUUGCUGUAUUCCUUGGAUGGCCGAUUGUUGUCGACCUACAGUGCCUACGAGUGGUCACUGGGUGUGAAGUCUGUCUCCUGGAGCCCCAGCAGCCAGUUCUUGGUCAUUGGCAGUUAUGAUGAGAAAGUGCGCAUCCUCAAUCAUAUCACAUGGAAGAAAAUUGUGCAGUUUGAGCAUCCUGCAGCUAUUGACAACACAAAAGCUACUGUGUAUAAGGAAGUGGAAAGAAGACCAGCUGUGGUCAGUGAAGAGUUGUCACUACACAACAUUACAAUGGGCUCAACACUUUUCAACACCCAAAGCAAAUACGAGAUCUGCUCACUGCCUGUCCAAAUUCCUGUGGUCAAGCCAGACCCAGACAGAGCCAAUCCCAAAAUAGGUGUGUCUGUUCUGGCGUUCAGCUCAGACAGUCGCUAUCUUGCCACCAAAAAUGACAACAUGGCUACUGCUGUUUGGGUGUGGGACAUGCAGAAGAUGAGCCUGGAGGCUGUGCUGGAGCAUACAUCAGCCGUACGCUGCUUUCUGUGGGACCCUCGUCGCCCUCGACUGGCUCUGUGUACCGGCAACAGCAAACUAUAUCUUUGGUCCCCGGGAGGCUGUGUUUCUGUUCAAGUUCCUGUAGAAGGUGGUUUUCAAGUCCAGUCCCUAAACUGGCACUGCAGUGGAGACUCUGUGAUCUUGCUUGGGAAAGAGCAGCUUUGCUUGUGCUAUAUGGACACUGACCAGGAAGAAAAUUCCUAACUUUACCCAAGUUAGUUCAGGUCUAAUUAUGAACUUGAAGACCAGUGGAAGCACUCUUGGAUAUCUUUAUGCUGGAUUAUGGUUGCUUAAAACCCAAAACUUUCCUACUCCUUCAGAAAAAAGUUUUUUUUUUUUAAAUAAAGAUAUUGAAGCACUAGUUUUUUCAGCACUGUUCAGCUUUAGCCUUAAACUAUCUGUGCACAUGUUUUUGACAAUUUGUAGUUUUUAAAAAAUAAAGUUUUUUUUAAAUAAAUA